AAAAUUGACCCGGGGCGAGGACGCUUACUGUUCAAGUAACUCUAACGUCUAAGCCGAUGACGCUGAUAAAGUUGCUAUAAAACCGGAGGGCAAUCACAAAGAAAUCAUUCACUGCCUCAACCCGACAGAACCAUCAAGAACAUGUUGUCAAAAUUGGUAACCCUCUGCGCUGUCCUUGCGGUAUCUUCCGCGGGACUCCUGCCAGCAGCCGUGCACUAUUCUUCGGCAUCGGCGGUCUCGUCACAGAACAUUGUACGUCACGACCAACCUCAAGCUGUUGCCAAGUACGCCGUUGCCGCCCCGGUUGCAUACCACUCUGCUCCUGCUCCUAUCGCCUACCACGCUCCCAUCGCUAAAGUUCUUGCGCAACCAGAAGAAAUUGCCUACCCCAAAUACGAGUUCAACUAUUCAGUAGCCGACGGGCACACGGGUGACAACAAGCAGCAGCAGGAGUCUCGCGACGGCGACGUAGUGAAGGGCUCUUACUCCUUCCUCGAGGCCGACGGCUCCGUGCGCAGCGUGCACUACUCCGCCGACGACCACAGCGGCUUCAACGCCAUCGUAACUCUGUGCGCUGUAGUGGCUGUGUCCUCAGCAGGACUCCUGCCCGCAGCCGUACAUUACUCCCCCGCAUCUGCUGUCUCCUCUCAAAGCAUUGUACGCCAUGCUCAACCAGCCUUGGCUACUAAGAUCCUGGCCGCUCCAGUAGCAUCAUACAGCGCACCCUUGGCUUACCACGCGCCAGCUCAGUACUCAUCUGCCGGUGCUGUUUCCUCUCAAAACAUUGUACGCCACGAUGAAUCUGCAAGGAUCUUAGCCACUGCUCCUAAAUUGGCCGUCGCUGCUCCUUUGUCAUACGCUGCCCCCGCUCAUUUGUCUUACGCCGCCCCUGCCCCAUUGGCGUACCAUGCCGCUCCUGCCCGUUAUUCCCCCGCCUCUGCGGUCUCUUCCCAGAGCAUCGUUCGUCACGACCAACCCCAAGGCAUCGCCACUAAAUUAAUCGCUCCCGUCACUAAGUUGGCCGUUGCUGCCCCCAUCGCUUAUCACGCUGCUCCAGCUCCUAUCGCAUACCAUGCUCCUAUUGCUAAAGUGAUUGCUCAGCCAGAAGAGAUCGCCUACCCCAAAUACGAGUUCAACUACUCAGUAGCCGACGGGCACACGGGUGACAACAAGCAGCAGCAGGAAUCGCGGGACGGCGACGUGGUAAAGGGCUCCUACUCCUUCCUCGAGGCCGACGGCUCCGUGCGCAGCGUGCACUACUCCGCCGACGACCACAGCGGCUUCAACGCCGUUGUGCACAACAGCGCGCCCACCCAUGCCCCGGCUGUAUCCCACAACAUCGUCCAUCAUGAUGUACCAGCCCACUACUCCGUUCAGUCUGCCCAAUCAUACCAGGCCGCACCAGCAAUCCACUCCGCUCCCGUAUCCCACGGUGCUCCAAUUGUCCAUGCUGCCCCUGUGGUUCACUCCGCACCCAUUUCACAUGGUUCCGGUUACGAGGGAGAUCAUUAUGCUCACCCUAAGUACGGCUACUCAUACUCAGUAGAGGACCCGCACACUGGCGACCACAAGUCCCAGCACGAAACCCGCGAUGGUGACGUAGUCAAGGGUGAAUACUCCCUGUUGCAACCCGAUGGCUCUUUCCGCAAAGUCACAUAUACUGCUGACCAUCAUAACGGAUUUAAUGCAGUGAUCGCCUUACUCAGCCUCUUAGCGGUAGCCUGCAAUGCGGGUUUGAUUGAAGAGGGACAUGGCCAUGCCGUCUCAUCUCAAAGCAUUGUUAGACACGACCAACCCACCCACGGAGCGACACACUAUGCCCCACUUGUUGCCCACGCUGCUCCCGUUUUGACCCACUCUGCCCCAAUCGUACAACACGCUGCUCCCCUGAUCCACUCCGCACCCCUCGUCCAACACGUAGCCCACGCUCCAAUUGCUCUGGCCCGCGCUGAACAAAUUGAAGAACACGCCCCAGCUCACUACGAGUUCUCCUACUCAGUUGAAGACCCCCAUACCGGCGAUCACAAGUCCCAGCACGAGAGCCGCGAAGGAGAUGUCGUCAAGGGCGAAUACUCUCUGGUUCAGCCUGAUGGUGCCGUGAGAACCGUCGAAUACACCGCUGACGCGCACAAUGGAUUCAACGCCGUCGUACACAACUCUGCCCCAUCAGCCCACGCUGCCCCAGCCCCCGCGGUACACGCCGCCCCUGUCGUCCACGCAGCUCCACUGGUACACGCUGCUCCCCUGGUACACUCAGCUCCAGUUAUCCACGCAACCCCAUAUCUGACCCACCAUUAA